CUAAUAUUAUCAUAAUAAAUGCGGACUUAAUAUGAUUAUUAUAUUUACACAAAGAAUCUAUAAUGGUUCUUUACUUCCAAGACAUAUCAUUACUGUUGAAAAUAGUGUGGAUCUGUGUCGCUACAACUAAAGACACGAGCAAAAUAUUGACGAUACAUAUUAUAUGUGGUGAAACUGCAGUGCUACCUUGUCAAAAUAUACCAGGUAACAACGUUAUCCAAUGGCUUCGUCUUAACCCUAGUAAAAAUGUGACAGAAAGCACAUACACAGACGGACAGACCGUAAAUACUGAAUUACAUUUCCAUAGAAGAAUUAGUAUUUCUAAUUCCCCCGAGGAUAGAUACGACUUGACUAUUGUGAAUGUGUCUAAGGAAGAUGAAGGGACGUACAGAUGUGCGUUUAUACAAAAAACCACAGUAAAGUCACAAGAUGUUCGUUUGUUUGUUCAAGAACAAGAUGAUAUUCCACCAGUGAAUUUACAGAUAUGUGGAAAUUCGACCUGUUCAUCAAUAGUGCCUGCAAAGGCCGAAUUAGGUUUUACUAUCAAUACACUUUUUGUAAUAUCUGGCACAAUUGGCGGUUGUCUGAUUUUGGUUGCAGCAUCUGUUGCACUGCACGUAUUGUUUAUGAGAUGUAAAGCUAUCCCACGAGACAAAGGUACGACCAUUGCAAGUGUAGAUGCCUUCUGGAGUUCCCCGACAUUGCCAUCUGACACUUAUGAUUUUGAUAAUGACUUAACACUACGAACCUGCCCGGAAAAUGUACAAGAGGCGGAGAAUGAACGUUUACGCAGCAUCCAAAGACAUUUGACCAACAUAACUAAUAAAGGGGCAACUAGUAUAGACCAGACUGAAGAUAGUCCUCAACAAAGUACUUCAGGUGACACUAUAAUGAUAAUCGCGGACAAUCCUUAUGAGGCAAACCCUGAUCAAAGAUUACAAAUACAUGAUGACAUUCCACAUGUGUAUGAUGAAUGUGGAAGAGUGGUGUUGUCUAUAGCGACUAAUACAUACCAAUCUUUGACAAGAAACUGGAAAGAUACUCCACAUCUUUAUCAUUGAAGUGCACUUGGAGUUAAAUUUGUUUUGUACAUUUGAUAUUUUGCCUAUUAUAUUUGUAACAAUCAUCUUAAUGAAUCAUGAGUUAUAACUAAGGUUAUAUUUUAUCAGUAUCGUGCUUUGUAAAAGUAUCCCUUCCUAUAUUUAUGUAAAUAGAUGUUCAUUUCUUCAUUAUAAAUUAAAUAGUCAAAGCAAAAAAAAAAUGGCAAUGAUUAAUUCCAUUUUCUGUA